UUGUUUACGUCCCCCGGUGGCGUGCGUGCGUGUGUGUUCUCUAGGGAGCGCCCUGGGUCCUGCGGGCUGAGUGCGCCCCGUUUACCUCGGGGUGUGUGUGUGUGUGUUUGUCUUCGGCUGCACGCGCUCCCUGGAUACUGACACUAGCCCAGUGUACCUUGAAGUGAGUGUCACACCGGUGUCCACUGGAGCAAAUGCGGAAUAAGAACCCGAGUGAAGGAAGUGGCCCAGUCGAUGGUCAUACCAGGCCUCCAACCCAGAGGGCACCUUCUGCAAAAAUGUCUGUGGAUCCCUUAUCCAGCAAAGCCCUGAAGGUCAAGCGCGAGCUGAGCGAGAACACACCGCACCUCUCGGAUGAGGCGCUGAUGGGGUUGUCGGUGCGCGAGCUGAACCGGAACCUGCGCGGUCUGUCGGCAGAGGAGGUGACACGGCUGAAGCAGCGGCGUCGCACACUCAAGAACCGCGGCUACGCGGCCAGCUGCCGUGUGAAGCGCGUGUGCCAGAAGGAGGAGCUGCAGAAGCAGAAGUCCGAGCUGGAGCGCGAGGUGGACAAGCUGGCGCGCGAGAACGCCGCCAUGCGCCUGGAGCUCGACGCGCUGCGCGGCAAGUGCGAGGCGCUGCAGGGCUUUGCCCGCUCGGUGGCCGCUGCCCGUGGGCCCCCGGCACUGGUGGCGCCCGCUAGCGUCAUCACCAUCGUCAAAUCGGUGCCAGGCCCUGCCCCCGCUCCUGACCCUGCCCCCUGCUCUUAGUACCCACCCCUUCCCCCUCUAUCCCGCCUCCCCCUCCCCCUCAGCGAUACCCUCUCCGACCCGAUUCCCUUCCCAAAGUGCCUGAGUGCCUCCUGCUCCUGGUCCCUUUCUCUGCCACCGCUACCCAGUGUGGUGACUUCACAUUCCUUUCCUGGGCUCUUUCUAACUCUUGCAGGUCCCGAGACUGGGACCUGGUGGCCCUGGGGAGGGGCAACUUUGCUAAGUUGAGGGGGAACGACGUUGGGGUCCUGGGUUUCCCUGGGCUGAAAGUCCAUCUCAGAUUGGAAGCGAGGUGGUGCAGAGAUGGCCUACAGAAGAGCUGGGGGGCGGGGAGGCUUUAGAUUGUACCAGUAUGCCCUUCCAAUCCUCCCAAGAUUUAGGACUAGGUGUGGCCUUGUGGGGCUGCCCUGUUGGGAAGCAGAACUCAAAAGACCUCCCAACUCUGCUUGGGACCUAGGAGACUCUUAGCUAGGGUCAGACUUUCUCAAGCUAAGAGUCUUUGGAGCAGACCAGUGGAGUUCUAACAAAUGGGGAAGCUGCCAUGCAAAACGACCCAAGGCCACACAGCACUGAGGGGUUGAGCUGCAACCCAAAAUGGGCCUCUCACGGCUGCCCUAACAUUCCAACCAUGGAUUGACUUCACGGGGGAACAGACACAGCCUGGGAGACCUUCAUCUACGAAGUGGGAGAGAGAAGCAGGAGAGAGAAGGUGAUACAAAGGGAUGAGGUGAGAAGCUGGCCAGCCAGAGGAGGAGCAAUGGAGAGACCUCUGUGGUAGGAAGAGACAGACACUACAGUCCUGAUGCAGGGAACGGAGAAAAGGGGGUCCCUUGGAAUUAAGGCUUCCACUUUGGUCUGGGCUAUCUGUGGUGUGGGGGCUGACCACUGGUCCCCUGGGAAGUCUGGCCCUAGCACCUCCCCAAUGCUGUAUACUGCUGACCCUCCACAUUCUUAUUUAUUGCACGGAUCUAAGUUAUUCUCACCAGACAGAGCCCAGCUUCUUUUCCCUGGGAAAUACGUGGGCCCUGAGCUGGACUUUAUAUUUUAUAUCUACAAAUAAAUCACAUUUAAUCUUAUAUUUAGGGAAAGCUGGAUGGCAACAACAACAAGGUUUUUUUAAAAAAUUGCCCAGCUCCCAGAGUUAUUUAUUUUCUGACUUAAAGUGAGCCAGUUAUCUGCCUUGAGUAUUUUGUAGACAUUCUGAAUAAAGUUGAGUUCUCUUUUCCAC